UUAGCCUAGUCAUUUUAAACAUUAAAGAUAAAAACAAAUCGAGAAAAUACGAAACUUCGAGGAAAUUCCUCAGAGAUCUGACGAUAUAUACCACAGGCUAGAGAGUGAAGCAAGAUCAGUCAGUGGCAGAUUGCAAAUUUGAAUUAUUAGAGAGCUUUAACAAGAAUGGCUGGGAUAGAGCCGUGGAAUCAUGUCGAGAAUGGCGGAGGCGGAAACACCAUUAAGGGAACCAACAGAGAAUUUAAACACGGCCGAACGGCUCAUAAUAUGUCAUCAUCCUCCCUGAGAAAGAAAUCUAGUCUUUCUCUUAUUCAAAAAGUUAAAAUCGGACCCUUAAGACGGUUUUUAACUAAUCUUCAAGAAGUCAUUCUUGGCACUAAGCUUUUUAUUCUUUUCCCUGCCAUUCCUUUAGCCUUUGUUGCUAAGUAUUGUCAUUUCGGAGAUGCAUGGGUAUUUGGAUUGAGUUUGGUGGCACUUACGCCACUCGCCGAACGCCUCAGCUUUCUCACCGAGCAAAUUGCAUUUUACACGGGCCCGACAAUUGGAGGACUUCUUAAUGCAACAUGUGGUAAUGCGACGGAGCUUAUAAUCGCAAUAUUUGCAUUGUACACCGGAAAAAUAGCCGUCGUGAAAUACUCGCUUUUAGGUUCCAUUCUUUCGAACCUACUUCUUGUUCUUGGUACUUCUCUUUUCUGUGGUGGUCUGGCUAAUCUCAAUAGCGAGCAAAGAUACGACAGAAAGCAAGCGGACGUGAAUUCAUUACUGCUGUUGAUGGGUCUGCUAUGCCAUUCCUUGCCAUUAAUGUUCAGAUAUGCUUCUACAUCCAGCACUGACCUUACAGCUAAUCCAAUCUUAACAAUGUCAAGAGUGAGCUGUAUUAUCAUGCUUAUCGCCUACAUUGCAUAUCUUUUCUUCCAAUUGAAGACUCAUCGACAACUUUUCGGAGCGCAAGAGGGAGACGAUGACGACUUGGCAUCUGAGGAAGAGGCAGUGAUUGGAUACUGGAGUGCAUUUAUUUGGCUCGCUGGUAUGACUGUGGUCAUCGCUUUUCUAUCUGAAUUCGUUGUUGGCACGAUCGAGGACGCAUCGGAAUCUUGGGGAAUUUCAGUCAGUUUCAUCAGCAUAAUCUUGUUACCGAUUGUAGGAAAUGCAGCUGAGCACGCUGGUGCCGUUAUAUUCGCAUUUAAGAAUAAGCUGGAUAUUACUUUAGGUGUGGCCUUGGGUUCUUCUACUCAAAUUUCUAUGUUUGUGAUUCCGUUGUGUGUGAUCGUUGCUUGGAUCAUGGGUAUCGAGAUGGAUCUUGAUUUCAACCUCCUUGAAACUGGUUCUUUAGCGCUGUCAGUAAUUAUCGCAGCAUUCACCUUACAGGAUGGUACUUCACAUUACUUGAAAGGAUUGGUUCUUCUUCUUUGCUAUUUCGUCAUUGCGGCGUGUUUCUUUGUCCUGAAAAGGCCAGUUACUGAACCAACAAAUUUCAUUAACAUGAGAGUUGGAUCAGCAUUAUCAACUGCAACAAACCUAGAAGCUUAAGUUGCCCUUGGGAUAUAUGGACCAACCCCACAACAUGUGUGACGACCAGCCAAUGUUGCAAUAGCUACACACGCCAUUCCAACGUCUCCGGUCGGGUUGUGGUCAUGAAGGAAGAAUUCACCACAUAUUGUUUCAUUCUUCUAUGUAGUAUAAAUAAAUUUACAUUUAUGCUUUACCUUUUCUUUUUUAUACUGUAUAAUGUGUUCUUAGUUUCCAAAUCUUUGGAGGAGCGAAUUUGUAUCAUCGUGGGAAGGAUUCAGAGCUAGGCGUAGCCAAAAAGUAUUAAUGAUAGAUGCCAUAUGUGACCUCUUUGAAAAGUUUAUUUGUGGAGGAGGUGAUAUCUCAAAACAUUUUGAAAUUGAUGGACAGCCUCCCGCUCUUGCUUGUUCCUGCUGCAAUAUAAGGGUUUGAUUCUUUAGAACAACAAAUUGUACUACUUCAGAUUUCUUUGUUGGUUUUCAUAUGUUUCGUGUCAUAUUGAGCUGAAUAAAUGAAAGAAAGCUAGUUUCGCAGUCUAA